CUACAAUUCCUCAUGGCUCAGUGACAGCCACACAUUGAAGAAGAGAUGGGUCGCAAUAGCCACAAGCGCUCGCGCUCCCACUAUGAAGCCGACAACCGCAUCGGCGUCGGCCAGACACUGUCGCACCUGAAAGACUCCACCACCAGCACCGCAUCACCAUCGUCCGAUGCAAAUGGCACCUCCCCGGGACAAGAUGACGACGCGGGAGAGUGGCAGCAGGUGGAGAGCAACCGGGCGAAGAAGAGAAAGAAGCUGCCGUCAAAGGAAAAAGGCAACUACCCUUCCAUCAAGCACUCUGCGCAAUCUCGACUGCAGCACUACGUCAAGCUGGGUGACUUGCAGAACCUCGCCCUCUACCUCCUCGCCGACGGUCCCUCGCCACAAUGGUGUUCUGUCAGUCAUCAUGCCAAUGUUCGCAAGGUCGUGGCGCUCAUGGUCCCUGGACUCGAAGCGGGCAUGUUCAAUGGAAGCAUACCUUUGCUCGAUCCCAGUGUUUCGGAGCAGAGCACCGCCAAUGGACUUGAGACUUCGGCAGCAGAUAGCUCAUCGCUAGCGAAGAAAGAAGAAGAAGAAAACUCUCCCUCACAUCCAGUCGACCCUCCUUCCACGCUUGUCUCUCCUCCUCGAAGCAUCUCUCGCGCCUCUCCAGACGACUAUUACCCCAAGAAGCUCAAUCGUGAUCGACUCCCCAUUCCACUGCAGCCGUUGAGUGAUAUAUUUGAACACAUCUGGCCUGUUCGUACGCCUGGCGAUGACAAGUACGCCAAGAUGCACUCGCCGCUUGCUGCCAUGCUCAUCUCGCCGAUUGUCAAGUCGAAGGAUGAGAAGAGGGGCAAAGGACCGCAGACACCUACCAGCAGUAAGAGUUGGAAGAAUGAGAGGACUCCUGUCACUGAGUAUGUGGCCAGCACACAAGAAUUGAUGCAAGAAGGCUAUGUGCUUCAUCCUGCCCAUUACAAUGGUACCACUCUUGCUGCCGAAGAGACGGCCAAACGCGAGUUGGACAAGACUUCCGUCGCGGAUGGGUGGAUCGACGCUCCCAACGUCACCAUGCUCACGGACGAGGAUGUUUCAGACAAAGACAAAGAGAGUGAUCCAAUCCUCGCCGGCCAGAAAGUCCUCACAAUGGACUGCGAAAUGUGCAUCACCUCGCCGCCAGGCACAACGCCUCAAGAGUUCAGCCUUACCCGCAUCUCCCUUAUCGACUGGGACGGAAACGUACUUCUGGACGAAUUUGUCAAACCCGACAAACCCAUCACGGACUACCUCACCCCCUACUCCGGCAUCACGCCCGCCUCCCUCCAAAACGUCACCACCACCCUCCCCGACAUCCAAACCAAACUCAUCAACGACAUCUUCACCCCCAACACCAUCCUCGUAGGCCACUCGCUCGACUCCGACCUCAAAGCCCUCAAACUCACCCACCCAAACAUAAUCGACACCGCCCUCCUCUUCCCCCACCCGCGCGGACCCCCGCUGAAAUCCAGCCUCAAAUGGCUCGCGCAAAAGUACCUCGCGCGCGAAAUACAAAAAGGCCACGGCACCACGGGCCACGACUCCAUCGAAGACGCCAAAGCCUGUCUCGACCUGGUGAAGCAGAAGUGCGAAAAGGGCAAGGCGUGGGGCACUUCGGAAGCGUCCGGCGAAUCGAUUUUCAAGCGCUUGGCUCGAGCUACGCGGCCCAAGAGGGAUAAAGUGAAUCCUGUGGGGGACGAUGAGGCGCGCACCGGCGCGGUGGUUGAUUGGGGCGAACCUACGCGCGGCUAUGGAACGCAGGCGAAGUUGGCGAUUGGGUGCGAGAGCGAUGAGCAAGUCGUCGCUGGCGUCAAGCGUGCAAACGCAGGUGAAGAUUCUGCAGACCACUCCACCAACACCGACAGCACCUCCGCCCCAACUGGAGGCAUAGACUUCAUCUUCGCCCGUCUGCGCGAACUAGAAGCCCACCGCGGCUGGUGGAACCGCAGCAAAACGCUCGACAACGAGGAGCUGCGCAACAGCACGGCCGCCACCUCAGCCGAGACCUCUUUAUCGACCAUCGCCGCGCAGACCGUAGCGCAUGUAAAGGAAGUGUGGGACGCCCUGCCCCCCUGCACGGCUUUCUUGCUCUUCUCUGGCUCCGGGGAUCCCCGGCCUUUGGCCGAGAUGCAGGCCUUGCAGCAGAGGUUUAAGGAAGAGUACAGGACGAAGAAGUGGGAUGAGCUGAGCGUGCAGUGGACGGAUGUGGAGGAGCAGAAGUUGCGCAGGGCGUGUAUGGAUGCGAGGCUUGGGGUUGGGUUUGUGGCUGUCAAGUGAAAGCUGUCAACCUGAAGGCUAUACCGCUCGUGGAUGAUGAGAGCGAAGGGCAGUACGGGGGCUGUGUGUCGCCAACAAAGCAUGUCGCUUGCCUCGCGAUGUAUCCGGAAUCGCCUCAUGAUUAUCGAACGUUCGAUUGAGCGUAGAUACAUACCUACAU